AUGUCAGAUUAUCUUUCUGAAGAACUUGUGGGUGAAAUCCUGAAGAGGCUACCGGUAAAAUCUCUACUGAAAUGCAGAAGUGUUUGCAAAUCAUGGUAUUCUGUAAUCGCAAACCCUAAAUUCAUUUCCCUUCACUUGGCUCACACCACUGAAGCCAACAAAAUCUACUAUCUUGUCAUGACAGAAUGUAUUUCUGACGAACCACAUUUUGUGUUGUACAAUGAUAAUGACUCAUUUAGUGAGUUUAAACGAUUGGAUUUGCAUUCAUUUCAUGAGCGUGGAAAUGAUCAUUUCCUUUCCUAUUUCAAAUUUGUUGGUUCAUGCCAUGGUUUGGUUUGCUAUUCUAUUCCAAAAUUUGAGCGCCUGAUUGUUUGGAAUCCAUCAAUUGCGGAGUUUAUUACAGCAUCUUUAAGCAAGCUUUCGGACGGCCUUGAGGAGAUUGUUGGAUUCGGGUUUGAUAGGAAGAACGAUGACUACAAAUUUGUGAGGAUUAUUUUUUCUGUGCAAGAUGCAACUUCUCCACCAGUUGCUGAAAUUUUUCAACUUGGCUCUAAUUCUUGGAAGACGGUUACCGUUAAGAAUGUAGAUCGCGACGUUUAUGGUUUCGAAUCUUGCGUUGAGUUGAAUGGUGUUAUUCAUUGGUUUGCAAAAAUACACAAUGGCCAGAGAAAAGGGAUAGCAUCACUUGAUUUGAGCAACGAAGCAUCUCAAGAGUUAAUGCUCCCUCAUGCCCUAGCUGAAUUAAGGUACGGUGAUCGCUGUUCUUUAAAAGUGUACAACCAGUUAUCAGCUGCGAUACACUAUGCUGAAUUCAGUAUGAAGCAAUUGUGCUAUUUUAGAUGUUCAAUUUGGGUGAUGAAAGAGUAUGGUGCAGCAGAAUCCUGGACUAAACAAUUUACCAUAGAUUUUAAAAAUCAUGGAGGUAUUACGUCAGUGCUAAGCUUACAAGGGAAUGGUCGAAUUCUUAUGGAGGUGCCACACAAUUUAUUAGCUACUUAUGACCCUCAGACAGAAAGGGUCACCCCUCUUGGGAUAUAUGGUCUACCCUACCUCCGGGUGUAUUCUUACGUGGAGAGCCUUGUUUUACUCAAGGGAAAAAGCAACAACAAAAAGGUUGAAGCAAGCAUAGAAGGGUAA